CAGUGACUGCUCACAUUUGCCAUGGCUAAUAUUGCUGAAGUWUUUAGCUAGGUUGUUCUUGAAGUGCUUCGAAUCUGCCUUGGGAGGGUUUUCCUUGCUGGGGUUUGCUCAGCAGCAGUGUUUUUUUUUUGUGUAUUUGUUUUUGUUUUUGUUUGUUUGUUUGUUGUUGUUGUUUUUUUUUGACGCGUUCCAUACACAUGGGCUCCCUUUGGUGUACAAGUUCUACAGACUAGACACGCCUCGUCUGUGAUCUUUUUGACGCUUGUCUACAAUGGAUUGCAGUAUUCUGUCAUUAGUUGGCGUUCUCCUUCUUGUAUAUCAUGCAGUUAAAUUUGCACUGCAAGUCAUCCAAGGAAUCAAAACUUUUAUUCUCCCAUCGCUUGGUUUCAGGAAAGAUUUGAAAGAAUUCGGUUCGUGGGCAGUUGUGACUGGCUGCACAGAUGGAAUUGGAAAAUCGUAUGCUAAACAAUUAGCCCAGCAAGGAAUAAACAUUGUUUUGAUGAGCAGAAACUUGGAAAAACUYCAGAAAGUUGAAGAAGAAAUAAGAUCUGAAUACAAUGUAGAGACAAGAAUAAUAGUGAUAGACUUCACGGGUGGACAUGAGAUAUACCAAGACAUUGGUGAUAAACUAAAGGACCUAGAAAUAGGAAUACUAGUUAAUAAUGUUGGAAUUGGAAUUGGAAAAAAUGACUUCUUUCUGACAUACCCAAUGAAGGCUUUUAAUGAGCAGAUUAAUGCUAAUGAUCUCUCUACUGUCAUGAUAACUUACAUAGUUUUACCAAUUAUGGUUGCAAGGAAACGUGGGCUUAUUAUCAAUAUAUCGUCUAUAUUGGCCCUGGCUCCGAGUCCUUUUAAUGCAACCUACCCAGCGACAAAGGCUUUUAUGGAUGUCUUUGGUCAGUGUAUCAGCGCAGAGUACAGCGAUAAAGGAAUACAAGUUCAGAAUGUCACACCAGGGUAUGUGUCUACAAAGUUAACUAACUACAUGGAAAAAAAUUGGCUGGUACCAUCUCCUGAUCGUUUCGUUCAUCAAGCCUUGGGAACUGUUGGAAAGGAAAAAAAAACGAUGGGAUAUUGGAGCCAUUCUUUAUCGAUUUGGUUUGGGCUGAAUAUCAUGCCAGUAUCUAUGAGAGAUUCCAUUAUCUGGAAUAUAAUGUCCAGUUUUAAAGAAAACGCCUCCAAAGAAAAAACGCAAUGAGAAGAAAAGGAGAAAUUUGGACACAAAGACUGAAAAUGAACUUUCUUAAGGCCAAAUUAGACGGCACAACUUUUACUUAAAAYCAUUGAAUGCAACGUAUGCAAGUCAGAUGUACAAGAUGGCUACAACUUCCAGAGSGAUUUAAAACAAUUGCUUGAUAGCCGCAUGACAGUUGUAAGUCAUGUCGUAAGGGGUCACAUGCGAUGGUUGUACGCAAAAGUUGUGUCAUCUAAUUCGGCCUUUAAGCAUAGCUCCAAA